AUGCCUGUGGUGAAACUGGAGGAGUGUCGAGAGAAGAUUUACAAAGAGCUGAACAACGUUGUGGACUUUUGGCUGAAAUACUCCCAUGACACCACUUAUGGGGGCUUCUUUAAUUGUAUUGGAAAGAAUGGGACUGUUUAUGAUGAACUGAAGUAUGUCUGGUUGCAGGGUAGACAAGUUUGGAUGUACUGUCGCUUAUAUAGGACAAUGGAUAGAUUCCACAGACCUGAAAUCCUCGAAGCAGCCAAAGCUGGAGGAACUUUCCUCAGGAAGUUUGCUCGUGUUUCUAGUGCCAGCGGUCAGAUGAAAUGUGCCUUCUGUUUAACACGAGAUGGGAAAGCAGUAAAAAUACAGAGGACCAUAUUCAGUGAAUGUUUCUACAUCAUGGCCUUAGAUGAGCUGAGCAGAGUUACUGGUGACAAGGAGAUGCAGCAAGAGGCUGAACAGAUGAUGGCACAGCUCAUCUUCUGGGUUCAGGUUGACCCAACAGGUUUGGGCAGACCCAUGCUACCAGGUGACAUGCCCACCAACAGCAUGGCUGUCCCAAUGAUGCUUAUGUGCCUAGUGCAACAACUCACUGAAGGCCGUGGUGAGGAGGCAGUCCUGAAGUAUAAAAAGUUGAGCAGCUGGUGUGUGCAGCAGAUUGUCCAACAUGUUCAGAGAGAUGGCACAGCUAUCUUAGAAAAUGUGUCAUUGGAGGGGAGAGAGCUGCCAGGUUGUCAAGGCCGGCUACAGAAUCCAGGCCAUGCCUUGGAAGCAGGCUGGUUCCUGCUUGAAUACGCGUCUCAAUGGGAGGACAAGGAGCUGCAGGACACAGCCAUCAAUAAAUUUGUGGAGUUACCCUUCCAGAUUGGCUGGGAUAAGGAGCAUGGAGGCCUCUUCUACUUCCUGGAUGUGGAUGGACACUCUCCCACUCAGUUGGAGUGGAGUAUGAAACUGUGGUGGCCUCACUGUGAGGCUCUCAUCGCCUUCCUCAUGGCCUACAGCAAAACAAAAAGGCCUGGACUAUUGGAGAGAUUCUCUCAGGUUUAUGACUACACCUUCAGCCAUUUUUCUGAUGACGAACAUGGUGAAUGGUUUGGCUAUCUGUCACAAGAUGGAAAAGUAGUUCUGGAUUUCAAAGGAGGCCCUUAUAAAGGGUUUUUCCAUCUCCCACGCUGCCUGUAUAUGUGCGAGCGUAUUCUGGAUGAUCUGAUAGAUAAUGUGGCGUAA